UAUUUGCAUUGGGUUGUAGCAGUGCAGUGACCACUUUCAAAAUGGUUUACACAUCAGUCAUACGUUUCGAGGUUGUUUAAAAAACAUUUUUUGGGGGGGUCUACUCAGUUGUAGACACCAAUGGGUCACAAUGGCCACACCAUUAACUAUUUUUGUACUUUUGGCCCUCACUGUGUGUGAUGCUGCUAUUUCCUGUCAGAAUGAAGCUGGCGAGCCUGUCGACUGGUUCAUCAUCUACAAGCUGCCGACAUACAAGAUUGGUGAGGUGGGUAGUGGGGUGGACUACAUGUACCUGGACCCCUCCUUAGGGACCUGGCAACUUAGUAAAUUCAUGGUUAACACUAGUCAAGGAGCCAUUGGAAACACCCUCAAACAGCUUUACAGUAAAGUCAUUGACAAGUCAAACAGCUCUGUUUAUGCCCUUUACAAUGAUGCACCACCUGUCCUCAAAUACAGCAAAGGAUAUGGACACACAAAAGGGGUACUACUAUUUGACCAUUCCCAAGGCCUGUGGCUGUCCCACAGUAUUCCCCAUUUCCCCUCAUUCCCAGAGUUUGGUUACCUCUACCCGUCCUCUGGCAAAGUCAAUGGCCAGACAGCUUUGUGUGUGAGCCUCCGCUAUGACCAAUUCCUCAAUAUCACACAACAUCUGGCGUAUCUUUUCCCGCGGUUCUACAACUGCUCCGUGCCCUCUGCAUUUGCUACCCAACUGCCUCAGCUGGCCCAGUUAUGUGCUGGCUACAGGCCAGAAGUGCCUUCAGACAAAAGAAUGGACCAGCUCUUGUCCCUGCAGGGAGAGAUGUUUUUAAAUUUUGCCAAAUCUGAACGUUUUGUUGAUGACAUUUACACUGGCUGGGUGGCUCAGGUCCUGGAUGCAGACUUGCUGGUCGAGACCUGGCAGAGACAAGGCCACGACCUGCCUUCCAACUGCUCCCUGCCCAAUCAUGUCAUGAACAUCAAGACGAUCCGGCUUCCCGAAUCUGUCCCAUUCCAUUCUAAGUACGACCACUCCAAGUGGUGCUUGUCGUGGCUUCGUCAGAUCCAGGUGACCUGCUUGGGGGACCUGAACCGGGAGGUAUCCCAAAUGUGGCGCGGUGGGGGGCUACUGUGCUCCUACAACCCUUUGAUUUACAAGGCUUUCAGACAGGUGGUGGACUGGUACAUUGGAUGCUGAACGACAGGCCGUUGUUGUAUUGUUCUUACAAAGGGAUUGACAUUUGUCAAAAUUUCAAUUGAUUGUCUACGGUAAUUUUGACCUAGUAUCAAUUAAUACAUCCAUCAGUUUCCUACUGUUAAUCUUACUUAAUUUAUGCUUUUGUUUUUUAAAAUGAAGGACAUUCUCAAGAUGUGAGUUUAUGGUGUUAAGCAGAAUAAUGCUAUAGCAUCAUGUUGUUCUUGGGUCAGCAAACUUCAUCAAGAGCACCUCUGCUGUUUGCAGUCAAGUAGUGCACUCCAUUUUGUCUCAUUUUUCAACAUGUGAUUCAUCAUCAAUUCCCUCAAUCAUCAGAUAACUUAACAAACAAAUAAACAAUAAUUAUACCCACCUCUAA